AUGACGCAACAACUUUAAAGCAAAAGCAAAGAUUAUUUGACUUUUAACUCAUAAAUCAGCAUUAUCAAAAAAAUUUACUCAAAAGAAAAUUCAAUAUGUAUCUAGUAAAUUAAUUAUAAUAGAAAAACAAAUAAUGUAAUUUAUUUAAAAUAAUUUAUAAUAAUAUAAUUAUAUAAUAUACUUAGAUACAAUUAAGAAUAUUGUAACAGAUUCAAUUAAAUUCGGGUAAUUAAAAGGUUAUAAAAAUAUACGAAAUAAAUACUCUAAGUGAAGACUAAAAGGUAUAGAAUAUUUAACUAUCUGAAAGAUUAAAUAAAGAAGGUAUAAUUAAUGUAAUUGUAAUUUAGGCGUUGCAUUAUAUAAUAAGUAUAAAUUGAAAUAAGCAAUUGAACAUUUAGAUAAAUCUGUUGCUAUUACUGCUUAAAAUUCUAAUGUCUGGUAUAAUAAGGGUAAUUAAUUGUUAAAAAUUAUUAUUUAGGAUCUGCAUUAAACAAUUUGAAUAAAUACUAAGAAGCAAUUAAGCAAUCGAAUGUUAUGACCAUUGCUAUCAAUCCUAAAUAUGAAAUAGCUUUAUACAAUAAAGGUAAAUUCUAUUAUAAUUCAGGUGUGGCACUACACAAUUUAAAGAAAUAUUCAUACGCAAUUUCAUUCUAUGAUUAAGCUCUUUCUAUAAAAAUUACUCCUCUAACAUUAAAACUAAAAAUAAAUAAGUCUUAUUUAAUAUUUAGCUGA